CUCUGACUCCAAGCCGGACGAGAAGGGGCGGCAGGAUGGAGAGAAGUCAAGAAGACUUCGAAAAACAAAAACUAGAGGUGGCACCGGACCACCUCUGGUGAAGGAAACAAGCAAGAGCGCUAGCUCUAGCUCAACUAGUCCUUCUGUCCCAGCACCAGAUGAACAACGGCAUGACGAUCCUCCAGAAACUGAGGUUGUAAAAGGGAAACCGGGCGAAGAAGAUGGUAAACCUGAACAUGAAGGGGACUUUGAUAAUAUGAAGAACGUUGAUCCGGUCAGGGUUAGUAACAAGAGGAGACGAGCAGAGUCUUCGACGAGUAGAAGGCGUGGCCCCUCGCUUUCAUCUUCAUCGUCGAAUUCGAGUGACGACCUCCACGACUUGUCAAUGUCAUCGUCUGACGAGAAUGCCGCGAAAAAGGGUGACUCUAGUGGUAGCUCCUCAAGUUCAGAGCCCUCAUCAUGUAGGAAUAAGAAAUCUUCACUCCCCGUCCACGACCCUUACAACAUCUCCAGAGGACUAGGACUAGUUCGACGCGAGCCUUGGUCUUCCAUUGAGCAGGGUAAGAAGAACACCGGUAAACGCAAAGAUACCGAGAAAAGAAAACAAAAUCCAAAGCCUCGUGUCGAAAAAGAGCGGUCAAGAACACGGCGAAGCCGUAGUGAUAGCGUUGCUAGGAGCCAUAAUCAUGAUCAUCGCACUUCCUCUUCUCCGAUCUCCAGAAGGAGAAAGGGAGCAGCACAAGAAAGCCACGUACUCGUAGGGACGGAUGAGAUUGCGCGCCAAUCCAAGCGACAACGCUAUAUCAAUAGUGCUGGGCUGGAAAGUGCCUCCACCGCCAGGUCCUCUCGAAGUAAGAUACUCACGCACAGAGUAUACAACAAGCACUUGCCUUUUUCUUCACGUCCAGCAAUCGAACGACGUCGAGAUGAUGCAACACGACAAGUAGUCCACCUGGAGCGCCCUCCUCAAUCCCACGGAGUAGUUGCGAACGAACGACAUCAACAAAGCCGGCAUUACCUGGCACAAGAAAAACAAGAUGAGUUAGUGUUAGUUCGCGCGUCUGAGCAUCGUCCAAGGAGUCUUGAGGAACGCGAGCCGCGCUAUGGUUCCGCAUCUUCGGGGAGUCGCUUUGCGGAAUCUUGCGAGAUUUCAUGCACGCAACGAGACGAGCGCCAUUGUCCUCCUCGUCGAUAUCAACCGACGAGUUCGGAUGAAGGCUCACCCCGCAAACACAGGCGAAAAAAGACUAGAGGAAUUGUGCUCGUUCCGGUAUCUUGCCUACAGUUUCUUAGACCAUUGAUCACGCCCACGCGACCUAAAGUACAUUUGACAAGAAUACCCAAUUAAUGCUUCGAAGGUAUCCCGACCCAGCAGAUGUAAGGAAAAAAUCCGACAUUUCGAAGGAAUUUCCAUUGAGAGUCUAACCACAACACAUCUGCAUGCACACGCAUAAUCGUAAUCCCUGCUGCACCUAGAAUUCAGUAAUACCAUAAACCCUACCACCAGGCACCCCUAUCGCAAAGACGGCGCGCGACGUCGGAGAGAGUCCAUCUAGAAAAGCGAAGGCCGCGUGGCGAGAAUGCUGCUGAUGGCACUUCCGAUGAAGCAUUAGCAAGUGGCCCCCAGUCACAUUUCCGGCAGGUAUGGUAUACUUUGCCGCGCUAUAUUUCGUGUGCUAUCUUUCUUUUCUGCCAAAGCCCCGCUUGUGCGAGUGUGAUACUGCUGGGCGCCUGCAGCAGUGCAGCCUGCGCCCGAAAGUCUUGCGCGUCUCUUUUUUUUCGACGACAACAAGGGGGGCACGGCGACGGCGUCUCUUUGUUUUGUAUCUUCAGGAAUUACAACAGGCCGCGCGGUAGCUACUCCAGGUGCCGGGGAAGCUGAUCCAGCUGCAACGACCUGGAAGCAGCAGCCACGCCCCAACCACGCCACCAGGGGGGGGCAGCGCGUUGCCUUUUGUCAGGAAUGGCAACGGGCCCCGCUAUAGCUCGCCCAGGCUUGGCGAGUGCUGUCCAAGUAGGUUGCGGCUUUUGGGUAGUGGUGUCGUCUCAACGCCAACAAGGGAGGCAGCGCUUCGCUUGGCAUCAGGAGCAGCAAGCAAGACCAAGAGCAAAAGCAAAAGCCCCGGGAGUGCUUCUAGCUCACCCGUGAGGGACAGGAAGGCACCCCCACGCCAUGGGCUCAAGCUGUCGCCGCGCGGUGUACUAGCGCCGGGUCGCUUUUGCUAAAAAUUGGGUAGGCUCGCUCUCCGCGGUUGGGUGAACGAUUUGCGGCGGCGGGUGUUGGAGUGUCACAAGCCCGCAGAUUUUGCGCAAAUUAAUGGCGGACGAGUCUAAAAUGAGCGGGAACCCUUUCGAGAGGGGUACGCGCGUAACUUCGUGGCUGGUGAAUGUCUAGCAGUUAGGGCGUUGGCCCCUUUCUCGUCUUCUUGUGUGUUGGCCUGGCCUCGAAUGCCAUGGCAUGUCUGGCCUGGCCCUGGGGCAUACGCGCCAGGAACUUGGUGACUUUUUUGGUCUCUCUUUACUUUUCUGGGUCCUUCUUGUUUUCAAGUACUACUUCCCCUGACUGCCAUGCCGCUGGAGGAUUUCGGUGCUUCUGAACGAAGGCCGCACGACGGAGGAGCGGGCUUGGACUUUGGCUGGACAGGCUAGCGGCUUGGUGCUGUCGAGCACUCGCAGCUGGAGUGCGAUGGCCUUGCUUACCUUCCAGGCGGUUGCCCAGGCAUCACACUGCCCCCGCCUCUGGCCAGAGGGGCUCGGGGCUGGCUCUCCAUGGGGCCGCACUGAUGGCUGAAGGGCUUGGCUUCGUGGUAAUUUUUAAACUAUCGGCUGCAAGUGGGUGCACGCUCGCGCAUCCUUCUGCAGGUUUUUGCGCGUUCGGGCUUUGUGGUCGGUGUGUGUUCUGUGUCAUGGAGUGGAGGGGGCCGGGCCGUGGGCUGGUGGAGGGGGACCCGGCCCCAAAGCUUGGAAGGGCGGGGACACGGGGCAACCUGGUGGGGAAUAAGAGCAGUGACCAAGGUGAAGAGGCUGCGCCGCUUGACGGCCUGACGGGUGAGGGUGGAGGCUGGCCCAGAGGCAGCUACGUGAGCACCAGCAUCGAAUAAGCAGGCGCGGGCCGAUGGGUGUCGAAAGCAACACACAAGGCAGGCACGGCGCCGCGGGGGAGAAAGCCGCCCAGUCUUCGAAAGCGGUGCUUCGCAGUACAGUACCGCGCCACGCUGCAGCUGCGUGGCUGCGCGUGUGGGUUCUGGUGGUGCUUCUCUUGUUCGUUAUAUUUUCUCUCGUCUGCGGAGGCGUUCGUAUGUUGUUGCUAGUCUCUUCGGUUUUGGUGAAGUUGUACAAGUCGGCUACUUUUUCCCCACCUUGGGUGAAGUUUUUGGGCGGAUUUGGUGACGUUGAGGCGGGGGUUGGCGCAUUGCCGCGCAGCCAGUGCUCCUCCGCUACGGCUGUGCUGGACGGAGGCAGCCCCCAACUUCACUUUACUCCUUUGAUUGUACGUAGUUUUCCUUGGUUUCUAUUCGCUAUCGUUGCAUCUUCAUAGAUGCGCGUGGCUGGGUAUCUGGCUCUGCCUUUGUUGGACUUGAAACGCCCGCCGCCUAGCUAGCACUACCGUCCAAGCCUCUGGUACGUAGUUAUUUAUAGAUAGUGCCCACUUAUCGAUGCCGUUGAGUUUGCCCUUAUGAUAGCUGAGAACGUUACUGAUGGACUCACUCGCAUCGCUUUGCUCGUCCAUGAAGAGCGCCGCUGCUCCAUUCUGACGAAAAUAGAAAGUGAGGCAAUAUGCUCUUGUCCGAUUCAGUUCGACUUAGGAGACGCAGCACUAGGUAGCUCCCGAGUAUUGGACACACACAUAGUUUCUCGCACUUUUUUGCAUGGUCUUCAUGUUCAUCCAGCCCGCCUACCCUCUUCUCUCUUUCAGAGAGAUCGGCUGUAGACUGAUUUGCCGCGCCCCCUCAUUACUUAGGCUUCGCAGGUCCACGGCCGUCCCUGGGACACACUGUUGGAAUCAUAGGAUCGUCCCGCCGGUAGACUCGGAGUAUUACUCGGGGUGCCAGUCAAUCCAUCCCACGACCCACUCCCGAGGAGAUAAAAAUGGCGACCACGCUUUUCGUGAUCAGUUCUUUAUUCAUGUAAUUAGUACGUACUACGUACUUCGCUCUUUUCAUUUCCUGAAAUUCCCUAAUCACUCUUAUUAUAGAAUAUUUAUGUAGAUAAUUAUGCGAAUGCCAAUUGCAACGCAAUAAAUUCACAGUUGAUCCGGCCGCCGCAACAGAAGGAGCGAGAAGCUAAGCCCACAGUUGGCAUCGUGUUGAAACCGCGAAAAGAUCUCAUCAAAAAGCCUAGUACAGGAGGUAAGAAUAAUAUAGCGGACAGGGACGUCAGGCAGAGAAAGAAAGGAGGAGCAAUAUCGGUUUCUGCACGAACACGCGGGAAGUCAUCUACUUCUAAGCCGAGAAAUAGGCAAACGCAAAAAUCAGAGGUAGAAGAAGGUCGAAAAUCAGAGGAGGCUGCGGCAUCCACAGUAUCAUACACAGCGCCAUCAACUAGGAAAGCCGCUCUUGCGUCUUCUUCUAGUAUUGAGAAUCCUGAUAGAAGAAAUGUGAAGAUCCCCUUUCCGCCCAAAAUAAAGCACGAGCAAGUACAACUACAAGUAGAAGAUGGAGAUAUUGCCGGUUGUAAUCAAAUCAACAAAAAAGUAAAUAAAGGCGCACCACCAGCUCCAGCUCCACCUAGCGAGAAGAUCCAUUCCUCUUCUACUGGUGAAGAUGUCAGUCCGAUCACACCAGUUGACAGGACGAGCGAAAAAUAUCUGGCUUUUCUACCGAACAAGAAUCUAAAUCGGGCGAUCCCAAGAAAUGCGGAGGACCACAGUGUCAAUACUUCAUCUAAAUCGGGCGAUCCCAAGAAAUGCGGAGGUAACCACAAGAAGGCAGUAUUAAGGCUCAACUUUCAAUGGUCAUUGGGGUUGGUCACUGAGAUCGAAGCGGCGACCUUCCCUUGAGAGGGAAAAGGGGAGAAGGGAAAAGGGAAAGGGGAGAGCUUUGAAGGGGGUCCCUUCCGUUCAGAGUCAGUGACCCUUGAAUGCUGAGCUUUAAUAGUAGCACCGGUGCAAGGCGAAAGAAGAGCUGCAGAUCAUGAUUCUCCAAAAGCAGCGUCCGAUAAGCGGAAGCACACUCUCAGCGACUCUCAGAACAACGCGUCUACUUUUAAGUCUAUGGAAAUUCAACAGGGACCUGGAUCAUCAGGAAAACAAAUUAUAUCCGACCUAAAAGUAGAAGGUGCUAGUGCUACCACCUCGUCUUCUUCUCGUGUUCGUCUAGUACCUCCAGCUCCUUCAGCCGCCGAAGUACAACAAGACUCGACAAAUAACGCGGGCGAACCAGAAGCGACAGAAGCCAAGCUGAGUCCAGGCACGUCUCUAAUAGGCGCGAAGUUGACUACUUCUGGUUCUGUUGAGGACGACCAGAAAAAAUAGAUACAACAGCUUCAUCUUCUCACUAUGUUGAAAGAAGUACUUCAGCCUAUUAUGCGUCUCGACAUGUUGUCCAGGAUUUUGCCCGCAGAAAUUGACUUUUUACUUGUGAUUUAAGGUAUUCGAUGAAAGUAAACAAUUCAUAGUUGUAAGUCUCGAUAUACUGCUGAAGCACUUCUUUCAGCAAAGGAGUGGAAAAGACUUGGGAGUCGUCGACCGAAAUAAAGGAAAUACCAUUAUGGGAUGUAGGGAAUUCAUCUCCACAGUCAUCUGGAAGAGAAAGACAAGAGGAAAGAGGGACCCAGACGAUCCCUGAGAUGGAUUCCCGACACCUCUAAUAUCGAACUCCCUCUUGUGCUUGUCCUCAUUUUCAUUAUACCCACACAAGAACAUAACUCAAUUUUCCUGAGUCAGUUAAUGUUUACUAAGUUGCCUCAAGUAGAACAAAAUUGUCAUAGUCAUUUUACCUAGAAAGAUAAUAUCAGGAACAACCCUUAGCGAUUUCCAUUUUUUGAACAUGAAUCUAACACGACAGUACCUUCCAUGAAGUAGACGCAAACGCAUUUUUGAGAACAAAGAAAUACACUGUAGGUACAACUAGCAGGUGACACAUUGCUGAAGAUCAUGCUUGCUUACAACCUGUGGCUGGCAAUUCUUUGCUCGCCUACUUGAAUCUAAGAAGGAGGAUAGAUCAACUAUGUGAAUUCUUUUUUGCUUGUCCUCUGUCACUGUCCACCUGUCAUUUCUUUUUCGUACGUGCUUGUCGUGGUAGAUGACGUUAUCAUUAUAGCCACUGGCUCUUAUAGGGCCCG